AUGGUUUCCGACGCCAGCAAGAAGAAGGCUGCUCAAAAGAAGGCGGCGGCCGCUGCCAAGAGAGGUGGCAAAGCUCCAGCAACCUCCUCAAAAGCGGCGGCGGCGGCGGCGUCUGAUUCGCAGAAUGGAGGUGUUGAUAAGUUGUCUAAUGGAGUUGGAGCCCUUCAGAUAUCCGAUCGGACUUGUACCGGUGUCCUCUGCUCGCAUCCUCUUUCCAGAGAUAUUCGCAUUGAAUCAUUGUCAGUUACUUUUCAUGGACAUGAUCUCAUUGUUGAUUCUGAGCUGGAGCUAAACUAUGGAAGACGAUAUGGAUUACUUGGUUUAAAUGGAUGUGGCAAAUCAACACUCCUAGCUGCAAUAGGGUGCCGAGAGCUUCCAAUUCCAGACCACAUGGACAUAUAUCACCUUACCAGGGAGAUCGAAGCUUCAGACAUGUCUUCACUUGAGGCUGUGAUGAGCUGUGAUGAGGAGAGGUUGAAAUUGGAGAAAGAAGCAGAGACACUGGCAGCGCAGGAUGAUGGAGGUGGAGAAGCUCUUGAUCGUGUUUAUGAGCGUUUGGAGGCCAUGGAUGUGGCAACUGCAGAGAAACGUGCUGCUGAAAUUUUGUUUGGUCUUGGAUUUAACAAGCAAAUGCAAGCAAAGAAAACACGAGAUUUUUCUGGUGGCUGGAGAAUGAGGAUUGCAUUAGCUCGGGCUUUGUUCAUGACCCCGACUGUCCUCUUACUCGAUGAGCCAACCAAUCAUCUUGACCUGGAAGCCUGUGUCUGGUUGGAGGAAACUUUGAAGAAGUUUGACCGCAUUCUAGUUGUGGUCUCUCACUCUCAGGAUUUCUUGAAUGGUGUCUGCACAAACAUUAUCCACAUGCAAAACAAGAAAUUGAAAAUCUACACUGGCAACUUUGAUCAGUAUAUUCAGACUCGUUCUGAACUGGAAGAAAACCAGAUGAAACAGUACAAAUGGGAGCAGGAUCAGAUUGCUUCAAUGAAGGAGUAUAUUGCCCGAUUUGGGCAUGGAUCAGCAAAAUUAGCUCGUCAGGCACAGAGCAAGGAGAAAACUCUUGCCAAAAUGGAACGGGGUGGACUUACAGAAAAGGUUGUGAGAGACAAGAUUCUGGUCUUUCGCUUUGUUGAUGUGGGGAAGCUUCCACCACCGGUGCUUCAGUUUGUGGAAGUAUCGUUCGGCUACACACCCGAUAAUCUCAUCUAUAAGUGUCUUGACUUUGGUGUUGAUCUGGACUCUAGGGUUGCACUUGUUGGGCCCAACGGAGCUGGAAAGAGUACCUUGCUGAAGCUGAUGACAGGCGAUUUGGUUCCUACAGAUGGCAUGGUUCGCCGGCACAAUCACUUGAGGAUUGCACAAUUUCAUCAGCACUUAGCUGAGAAACUUGACUUAGAAAUGUCUGCCCUCCUUUUUAUGAUGAGAGAGUAUCCAGGGAACGAGGAAGAAAAGAUGAGGGCAGCCAUUGGGAAGUUUGGUUUGACAGGCAAGGCCCAGGUGAUGCCCAUGAAGAAUUUGUCAGAUGGGCAGAGGAGCAGGGUGGUUUUUGCUUGGCUGGCAUAUAGGCAACCCCACAUGCUCCUGCUGGAUGAGCCUACAAACCAUUUGGAUAUUGAGACCAUUGACUCACUGGCUGAGGCAUUGAAUGAGUGGGAUGGGGGUCUGGUUCUUGUUAGCCAUGAUUUCAGGCUCAUAAACCAGGUAGCACAGGAGAUAUGGGUGUGUGAAAAUCAAGCUGUUACCCGGUGGGAGGGAGACAUUAUGGACUUCAAGCGGCAUCUCAAGAUGAAGGCUGGGUUGUCUGAUUGA